CAAACAUGGAUGAUGAUUACAAUAAAAAGCAGCGUGUGCCGACAAUUAAGGAAUUGCUUUACGUAGCAACUGGUGUUGGAUUGGCAGCAGUUGUGAAUAGAACUCAAGCGAAACCUUUUUUUUCUUCAAUUCAACGUCACAUCAUAGGAGGGACCGUAGGGUAUGCAGUUUCCCAGGUUGCGGCUAAUUUUGAGAAGAAACGUCUCCUCCAGAAAGACAUGUUGAUACAAGAUUACGUUCGCAGACAUCCUGAAGAUUUCCCAGAUAUUAAAGUUUACUUCAAAGAGGUUCUAGAGCCAUGGACCCCGAUUCGGUGAACACUGAACCAUGCUUAGGGAAUUUGUACAUAGAUGCCAAAAAACUAUUUAAAAUCAAAAAUACCAUAAUUUGAUGUUAAAUGAUGGAAAAAUUGGAACCAUGAACACUUCGAUUUCAAAGUUUCAAAGAUGUUUUAACAAAAUAUUGCAGAUGUAUAAUUGGAC